UUUCCGGUUGUGUCUCUUAUUUGAAACACGCACUCAGCUGCACUGAAGUUGGUCUGCUCAUAACUGGCGAAAACGACGAGUUUGGAUGUUUACACAUUUCUGACCCGCUUCAUUUGAGUCUGUUGGGUUCAAAGCCAGACGAUAAACUCUUCUAGUCUUAAAAUGAUCUAGUUUUAAAAAGGAUCGUUUUCGCACCGGAGAAAUGUCUGAAUGAAGAUAGGGUUUAUGACUGGUUAAUGCGAGCAGAAUGGAAACGAAGGCACAGGUUUUAUAUGACUUCACAGCAGAGCCUGGCAAUAAUGAGCUGUCGGUUCGAGAGGGUGAGACAAUCACAAUUACCAAUCAGGGCGUUGGUGGGGGAUGGAUCGAGGCACGAAACUCCAGAGGAGUGGUCGGAUUGGUACCAGAGGAUUAUAUAGAGGUUAACCAGGCUCAACCUUUUUCCUCCGGAGGAAAAGCAGCCCCCCUGGACCUGUCAGUCUUCGACAGUCACAUGCCUACCCCAGCCAGCACCGCACAAGUGGAUGUAGCUCAGCCGGAAACCCCAGUUACCCCGGUUACCCCAGUUAUCCCGGUCUUCUCUUCCACCUCCACUGAUGAGACGAGUAACGGUAAUGACCCGUGGGCAGGGUUUGAUAAUAACGCCUCUGGUGGGUUUUCUAAUAACUGGGCAGCUCAGCCAGAGGGCACAGAGACUGGCAAAAGCAGCAACAAUGCGUGGCAAUCAGGGGGACACGGGCACCCGCAGGCCUACCAGGGUCCAGGUGCAGAAGAUGAUGAUUGGGACGAGGAAUGGGAUGACGCAAAGUCAUCGGGAGGUUACGCUGAAUCUGAGGCUGGAGAGGGCGGGGCUAUCAACAGAGGCGGAGCUCAUGGCACAUCUAUGAAAAUUGCUCUUAACAAAUUCCCUGGUUUCUCUAAAUCAGGUCCUGAGUUAUACCUUCUGUCCAAACAGACCUCCAAAGGAAACAAGUUGCCUGUUUAUAGAGGAGAAGUUGGGCCAGUAUGGGCCUAUCCAGAAGUUCAGUUGGACUGUGUUGUCGCUGACCCUAAAAAGGGCUCCAAAAUGUACGGCCUCAAAAGUUACAUUGAGUACCAAGUCACGCCCACUACCACGAACAAGCCCGUCAAUCACAGAUACAAGCAUUUUGAUUGGUUGUAUGAAAGGCUUUUGGAUAAAUUUGGCUCGGCAAUCCCAAUUCCAUGCUUACCUGACAAGCAGGUGACAGGGCGAUUUGAGGAAGAGUUUAUUAAAAUGCGUAUGGAGAGGCUUCAGGGCUGGAUGACGCGAAUGUGUCGGCAUCCAGUGGUCUCCAGCAGUGAUGUCUUCCAGCUCUUUCUCACCUAUAGAGAUGAGAAGGAUUGGAAGAUGGGAAAGAGAAAAUCAGAAAAAGAUGAGAAUGUUGGCGUGAUGAUCUUUUCUAUGAUAGAGCCUGAGGGACUACCAGACCUGGACAUGGUUGAAGUAGAGCAGAAGUGUGAGCAGUUCAGCCGUUUCACCAAGACGAUGGAUGAUGGUGUGAAAGACUUGCUGACGAUAGGAAACGAACACUGGAAACGCUGUACAGGCCCCCUGCCAAAGGAAUAUCAGCGGAUAGGCAAAGCAUUUCAGAACCUUUCAUCAGUGUUCACCAGCAGUGGAUAUGAAGGAGAGGCUACACUCACCGAUGCAUUGACAGCAGCAGGAAAGACCUAUGAGGAGAUCGCUCAGAUGGUGGCAGAACAGCCCAGGAAAGACCUUCACUUCCUCAUGGAAACCAACAAUGAGUACAAAGGUCUACUCGGAUGCUUUCCUGACACCAUUGGAGUUCACAAGGCUGCCAUAGAGAAAGUAAAAGAAGCAGAUAAACUAGUGGCCACAAGUAAAAUUACCAAUUCAGAUAAAGUCACCAUGGCUAAACGCGCCAGCACGAUGUCAUACGCUCUGCAAGCGGAGAUGAACCACUUCCAUAGCAACCGUAUCUAUGACUACAACAGGGUGAUGCAGCAGUACUUGGAGCAACAAGUGAAAUUCUAUGAGACGAUUGCAGAGAAACUACGACAUGCACACAGUCGGUUCACUACAAUGUAAAGAUGGAGGAGUAACUGCCUACAAACUGCCUCACACUCUUUAAUUUUCUGUUCCUCUUACAUUAUUUCUGUCGCUCUUUUUCUGUUCCUGUUAUCUGUGUCAUAUUGUCACUUGUGCCAUGUAAAGAUCCUGUCAACCUCAGGCCAAAGAUAGUGUCUUUAAAAAAAAGCUCAGAAAAAAAAAAAAUAUUAUUGUGUGAGCCCUGGCCAGCAAAAAGCUCAUUGGGUUUUUUUUUUUUUUUUUUUUUUCUUUAAAGCAGCAACAGAUUGUCUUUAAAGAAUGAGAUAAUGUCAGGGGCUUCAAUAAUUAUAAUUAUCUAGUGUUGAUCUAUGAAUUUAUUACCUUGAAUGGAUGUUUCACAGUCUCUUUCACUAGUCAUUUAUGUGUCUGUCUGUCCGUUGUUGUGGUGUAAGGUAAAUAUGAGAGAUUAAUUAUCAUUUAGCGAGUUGUAACAGUUUAAGACAGGUUAAUUCACCUUUAAGCAAGUGGCCUAAACAUAUAGCAAUGCCUGUUUUUGUUCUAGCAUUUGCACUGCAAAAAAAAAAAUCAUUACAUUGUGUUUUUGUAAUGUUUUCCAGUAAAAAGCAAAACUGCAAAAGAUAUUAUUCAGAGAACGUUUGACUUUUCUUACCCCUUUGACAAAUAUUUUUAUAUGUAUUUUUGGUUUUAAGCCUAAUCUGUCAGUUUUGUUAGAUUUAUGCGUAAAACAUGAAUACAUUUGCUAAUGGGGUAAGAACAAUAAACUUAAUUCAAGAUAUAGUCUCUGAAAACAGGUUUUGAUAUUUUACGCAGAUUAAGAAAAUGAUAUUUUGCAGAGCGAACUACGAGGCCAAGCCUAGUUUCACUGUGCCUUAAUUUGUAUAACUUGCAAAAAUGUACCCACUGCACUUUACUAUAGCCUUUCAAAUGCAUUAUUCUGUUCGUAGUUUGUAAAUGCCAAAAUAUCACAUGAAAAUAAUAUUGAUUUCAAGGGUUUUUGGAGAUGAUACAGGGGGGCUGGUCCUUUUUCCAAAUUACAUGUAUUCAUACAUUCUUCCCAAAGUCAAAUUACAAACAGAUAUUGCUUUGCUUCCACCUGGGUGCCAUUAUCACAUAUUUCUUAUCCUGUAAGUAUGAAAUUAUACUCUAAUGCAUGUUCACCAAUUGUUCGUAUAUUUUUAUGUAAGCAGUGUUUGCAAGUCUUUUGCACACAGAAUGACAAAAAUUUUGAAAUUGUGAUUUAAUAAAUACUGAUUUGUACUUUUA